AUAAUUUUUUAUCCUUAUCACCAGAACAUUUCUGUAAUAUAGGGUUCAGCCAGUUCAGACAAACAAAGGUUCAUCUUCUCUUAGUUUCUAUUACGAGUGGGUCAAUGCAUUUGUUUUAGAGGACAUUUCCACUACAACAAUCUGUGACAUGAAUUCUGUUCCUGUGUUGACUGUAAAACCAUGGAGAGCCCUCUUUGAUGAGAAGUUCCAUGUGGUUGUGGGGAACUUACCACCGACACAGGAGGUCACACUACAUUCUUUACAUCAGUCUGAAGACACAGACUACUGGGAGGCGUUUGGGCACUAUGUCAGUGAUGCUCAGGGAAGGGUCACAGUUGCUAAAGAUGAAAGUUUUGGGGGCACGUAUGAGGGUGUUGAUCCAAUGGGUUUGUUGGCGAGCAUGAGACCAAUACCUGGCAGUAGAUCUGGACUCAGAUUCAGGAUCAAAAAAGUCCACACUCCCAUGGUGGUGCACAUCUCUGUGUACAGGGGACACGUGAGUCAGGGGUUCAGGGAGCAGGUGGCCCUGGCGAGUGUCGUCACAGAGCGCUGGUACAUGGCCCCCGGAGUCCGCAGGGUCGACAUCACAGAGGGAGGGGUCACAGGUACCCUGUUCCUGCCACCAGGUCCCGGACCCUUCCCUGGAGUUUUAGACAUGUGGGGAGGUGGUGGCGGCCUGGUGGAAUAUCGAGCUGCUCUCUUAGCAUCCCACGGUUUUGCUGCCAUGGCGUUAAUGUACCUCUUCCCAGAUGCACAGAAAGCUGCUACCAUUGGCUUCCAUUACAUUGAGAAUGCUUUCAGACUGCUGCAGGAUCACCCUCUAGUGGCCUCUGACAAAAUUGCCCUGCUUGGCACGUCCUUUGGUGCCUCAGUCGCUUUAUCCCUCGCUGUCUUCUCAGAAACUGUAAAACCAAUAUGUUGUGUGUGCAUCAGUGGCAGCCAUGUUCUUACACUCAAAGCCAACCAGUCCAUUGCCGAAUCCUUCAAAGUGAUGAAAGAACACGUCCAUAAGUCUCGCAUGGAUGAGAACAAUUGCAUAAUCUGGAGGGACACUCUUCUACCCAUUCCAGAGGAUUCUGACCUGAAAGUAGAUGUGGGGAGGAUAACAUGUCCAUUACUACUGGUUGUCGGACAAGAUGAUAUGAAUUGGGCCGCUGUUGAAUCAGCUGAUGAUAUGACGCAGAUGAUGGAGAGAGCAGGGAACAGUCACCUGCUGACCACUCUGUCCUACCCUGGAGCUGGUCACCUGAUUGAACCUCCGUAUGGUCCCCACUGCAGGGCUUGUACCUUUGUGUUGCAGCCAGGCCAACAGAGAGUGGUCGUGCUGUGGGGAGGCCUCACCAAACCUCACGCCGUUGCACAGGAAGACUCAUGGAAGAAGAUUCUAGAUUUUUUGCAAGAGCAUCUCUGUCACAGUGUCAAACCCCAUGUGUAUUCCAGACUGUGAGCAUUGUCUUAUGUCAGGUUGCGUCACUCCUACGUGUGAGAGAAGAUUCUAGGUUUUCACC